AUGAUCAAGUUCAUUUGCAUCUUCGCCGUAGCAGUGAUAGCGAUCAGGGCAAAUGACGAUACUUUCGACAUGUUGACGAGAGUCAUGAAGCGAUCUGCCGAGCAAUUCAGAGAUAACGGCCGUAUCGACCCCCGCAUCAGACUCACCAAACGGGAUGCCGAAGCGUUCAGAGAUGUCAGUCCCACCGAUUCCCUCUUCCGACUGAACAAACGAGAUGCCAGCAAUGGACAUCUGUUCCGACUGAACAAACGAGAUGCCAGCAAUGGAGACGCGUUCAGAGAUGACCACGUAAACAACUACUUGCUCAGAACCAAGAAACGGGAAGUGAACAAUGGAAAGGAUGAAGAAGCUUUCCGAGAUGUGAGUAAUUAA